AGGCUGCGUUUCAUUUUAUGCAUUUUUAAAAUUAAGAAUUUGAAAUAAUUAACUUCAAAGCAGAGCGCUUUAAAUUAACAAAUGCCGGUGCACUUAAAGUGUGCGACGUUUCCCGAGUAUCCACAAGUUCGGUUCGUAUCAUGAGAAAUCCAUUUUUUCUUUUGCUCAGCCACAGACGUCGCCCGUCGGCAGGAGGAUUUUCCAGCAGUCAGUCGUGCUCCCAGUGGAAGAUGGCGGUUGGGAUGCUGUCUGGGGCUGGAGUACCGAGCUGCCUUCGGAUAGGGAGCUAACUUGAUGGAUGUAUAUGUUUUUUGUUCUUCUGGACUGGACCUGGUAGGGAUUGUUUUAAUAGGAUACAGCCUUUCAACGACAGAAAUCUGGACUGGUCUGGAGGAAUUAUUUGGAAUAGACGACAGCCCCUAGGCUACAUUGAAAGCUUGCGCAUAGCACACAUAUUGGUGAUAGUCUAGGGUGGAAGUAAAGUGCAUAAAAAUGUCGGAUACAAAGGUAAAAGUUGCUGUGAGAGUUCGUCCAAUGAACCGCAGAGAAACGGAAUUGCACACGAAGUGUGUGGUGGACAUGGAGGAUAACCAAACUGUUCUUCACCCACCGCCUUCAAAUACAAAAGGAGAAAACAGGAAACAACCCAAGGUGUUUGCCUUUGACCACUGUUUUUGGUCCAUGGAUGAAUCGAACAUCCCUAAAUAUGCCGGACAAGAGGUGGUGUUCAAGUGCCUUGGCGAGGGCAUACUUGAAAAUGCAUUUCAAGGGUACAAUGCCUGCAUUUUCGCCUAUGGACAAACAGGUUCUGGCAAAUCAUUCUCCAUGAUGGGGAACGGGGAGCAGCCAGGUCUGAUCCCACGUCUUUGCUGCACCCUGUUCGAGAGGGUCUCCAGGGAGGACAGCGAGGCCCACUCCUUCAAGGUGGAGGUCUCCUAUAUGGAGAUCUACAACGAGAAGGUCCGCGACCUGCUGGACCCCAAAGGGAGCCGGCAGUCUCUGAAGGUCCGGGAGCACAAGGUCCUGGGGCCCUACGUGGACGGGCUCUCCCAGCUAGCCGUGACCAACUUUGAGGACAUCGAGGUGUUGAUGUCGGAGGGGAACAAGUCACGGACGGUGGCGGCCACCAACAUGAACGAGGAGAGCAGCCGCUCUCACGGUGUCUUCAGCAUCAUCGUCACACAGACGCUGUACGACCGCCAGUCUGGGAACUCUGGGGAGAAGGUGAGCAAGAUGAGUCUGGUGGACCUGGCAGGCAGUGAGCGAGUGUCCAAGACUGGAGCUGCAGGAGAGAGGCUGAAAGAAGGCAGCAACAUCAACAAGUCGCUGACCACUCUGGGCUGUGUGAUCUCAGCCCUGGCUGAUCAGUCAGCAGGGAAAGGGAAGACCAAGUUUGUGCCUUACAGAGACUCUGUCCUUACCUGGCUGCUGAAGGACAACCUGGGCGGAAACAGCAAGACCGCCAUGAUCGCCACGGUGAGCCCGGCGGCCGACAACUACGAGGAGACGCUGUCCACCCUGCGCUACGCCGACCGCGCCAAGAGGAUCGUCAACCACGCCGUGGUCAACGAGGACCCCAACGCUCGCAUCAUCCGGGAGCUGAGGGACGAGGUGGAGAAGCUGAGGGUGCAGCUCUCCCAGGCCGAGUCUCUCAAGGCCCCGGAGCUGAAGGAGAAACUGCAGGAGUCUGAAAAGCUGAUCCAGGAGAUGACCGUCACCUGGGAGGAGAAACUCAGGAAGACAGAGGAGAUUGCCACGGAGCGCCAGAAGCAGCUGGAGAGCAUGGGCAUCUCCCUGGAGACAUCAGGGAUAAAGGUCGGAGAGGAUAAGUGCUUCCUGGUCAACUUGAAUGCCGAUCCCGCCCUCAACGAGCUGCUGGUCUACUACCUGAAGGAGCACACACGUGUGGGUGCCGACACGUCUCAGGACAUCCAGCUCUUUGGUAUCGGGAUCCAGCCGGAGCAUUGUGUUCUGGAGAUCUGCCCAGAUGGUGAUGUCACCCUCAUGCCAGUGGAGAAUGCCAGAACCUGUGUGAACGGAACCAUGAUCGACUCCUUGGUCCACCUCUGGCAUGGAGACCGCAUAUUAUGGGGGAACAACCACUUUUUCAGGAUCAACCUGCCCCUGCGUAAGCGACGGGACCGCUUGAAGGAGCUGGAGCGGGCAUCCCCCAGGGAGAGCUUCGUGGAGGCGGACGUGGAGACGGCCAGCGAGGCCUCGUCGGAGCAGGACUACAGCUACGAGUUUGCCCAGAUGGAGGUGAUGAUGAAGACCUUGGGGAACAACGACCCCAUGCAGAACGUGGUCCAGGUUCUGGAGAAGCAGUACCUGGAGGAGAAGCGCACGGCGCUGGAGGAGCAGAGGAGGAUGUACGAGAGAGAGCUGGAAACGCUACGGCAGCAGCUGUCGCCCGAGAGGACGUCACAGCAUCAUCGCUGCAGCAGCGACCGUCUCACCUUCCCCACUCACACGCCCAACAGCAAGCUAAGGCUCUGGACCGAGGAGAGGGACGAGCUGUUCCGUCAGAGUCUGUCUCGGCUCAGGGAGCAGGUAGUAAAGGCCAACACCUUGGUGCGAGAGGCAAACUUCCUGGCAGAGGAGAUGAGCAAACUCACUGACUACCAGGUCACCCUCCAGAUCCCUGCGGCCAACCUGAGUGCCAACCGCAAGCGCGGGGCUAUAGUGAGUGAGCCGGCAAUCCAGGUGCGGAGGAAAGGGAAGGGCACCCAGGUGUGGACCAUCGAGAAGCUGGAGAACAAGCUGGUGGACAUGAGAGACCACUACCGCGACUGGAAGGAGGGCACAGAGGAGGUGUAUAACAAGCUGGACAGCAACAAGCAAACAGACCCGUUCUAUGAGGCGCAGGAGAACCACAAUCUGAUCGGCGUGGCCAACAUCUUCCUGGAGUGCCUCUUCCAUGAUAUUAAGCUGCAGUAUGCUGUACCCAUCAUCAGCCAACAGGGGGAGGUAGCCGGCAGGCUGCACAUCGAGCUGACGAGGGUGAGUGGCGCAGUUCCAGAGCGUAUGGUUGGUGGAGACGACUCGUCGGAGAACUCCAGCGAGAGCAGCUGCUACGAGGUGAUGGACACCAACGGAGAGAUUGUCCAUAUGGCCAAGAGGCUCACCUGCAGGGUGCGGGUAAGAGAGGCCACAGGGUUGCCCCUCAACCUGUCCAACUUCGUCUUCUGCCAGUACACCUUCUGGGAGCAUGCAGAGCCCACCGUGGCCCCUCCCAUGGUCAGCCCCGACACGCCCUCCCCCCGCAGCCCAGACACCCAGUUCAGCGUCAGGUUCGAUCACUGCAAGGACUACGUGGUCCACGUGACGGAGGAGUUCCUGGAGUUCAUUUCAGACGGGGCUCUAGCCAUCGAGGUGUGGGGCCACCGCUGUGCCGGGAACGGACGCUCGCUCUGGGAGCCCGACGCCCUGGAGGCCAAGACACGCACGCUCCAGGACAGGUGGAGCGAGGUGUCUCGUAGGAUUGAGCUGUGGGCCUCCAUCCAGGAGCUGAACGAGCAGGGGGAGUACGCUGCUGUGGAGCUGCAGCCUGUGAAGGACAUCACUACUGGGGGGGUCUUCCAGCUGCGACAGGGUCACUCCCGCAGGUUGCAGGUGUGUGUGAGGCCUGUCCAACACUCGGGCACUCUGCCCCUGCUGGUUGAGGCUGUGCUGUCUGUGUCUAUGGGCUGUGUGUCGGCACGCUCCACCAAGCUACAGAGACCGCUGGACAGCUACCAGAGAGAGGAGGAUGACGAUAUGGAUAGUUAUCAGGAGGAGGACCUGAACUGCGUGCGGGAGCGCUGGUCGGAGGCCCUCAUCAAGCGCAGGGAGUAUCUGGACGAGCAGAUCAAGAAGAUCAUCCACAAACAUGAGAAGUCGGAGGAGGACAUAGAGCGCGAGGCGCGGCUGGUGGAGCAGUGGGUGGGGCUGACGGAGGAGAGGAACGCUGUGCUGGUGCCUGCUCCUGGCAGCGGCAUACCUGGGGCCCCCGCACACUGGACACCCCCUGCUGGAAUGGAGGCUCACAUCCCUGUCCUGUUCCUGGACUUGAAUGCUGACAACCUGACAGUGAAUGAGCAGUUGACAGGGCCCCAUGCUGCCGGGGUCAACUCCAUCCUGCCCAAGGAGCACGGCAGCCAGUUUUUCUACCUGCCCAUCAUCAAACACUGUGAAGAUGAGGUGUCAGCGCUGUGCUCCUGGGACUCGUCCAUCCACGACUCGGUGCACCUCAACCGGGUGACCUCGCCCAACGAGCGCAUCUACCUGAUCAUCAAAGCCACGGUGCAGCUCAGCCACCCCGCCUCCAUGGAGCUGGUGGUCCGCAAGAGGAUCACCGUCAACAUCUACAACAAACAGAGCUUCACUCAGAGUCUAAAGAGGCGAAUGUCUCUGAAGAACACUCUUUACUCCUGUGGAGUCACCUAUGAGAUUGUGUCCAACGUACCAAAGGCCUCGGAGGAGCCAGAAGAGAGAGAGACCCUGGCCCUGAUGGCGGCCCGCGGGGAGAGUGAGGAGAGCCAUGACGGAGAGACCUACAUAGAGAAGUACACCAGAGGUGUUCUGGAGGUGGAGAACAUCCUCAGCUUGGAGAGGCUGCGUCAGGCGGUGACAGUGAAGGAGGCUCUCUCUGUCAAAGGCAGACACCUGAGACGGAGCAUCAGCACCCCCAACGUGGGCCAUUCCUCCUGCAGCAAGGCGGAUCUGACCGGGUGCGAUGAUGACGACUGCAAGGGCCACUGUGACAGUCAUCUAGACGUCUCUGACUGCAGUACCCAAGAAGGCUUUAUGUGUGGAACGCCCCUCAAAAACAAGGAGAACCAGGGGUUGGUUCCAGAGAGCCCUACCUUCUUCAACUCCAGCCCGUUCAAGGUGCUUUCUCCCCAGCCUCCCAAGUUCCUCAAGUCCCUGCUGCCAGUCAGAGAGGAGAACAACAAGGCCAGGAAAGCCCUGGAAGCACGCCCCCUGCUGGGCCAGGAGAGCAUGCGCUCAUGUGUGGACAGCCCCACGCUGCUCCCCCCUCCCUGCCCCUGGCCCCGGCCCCGGGCGGGCAGCGAGGGCCACCGCACCCCCUCCACCUCCACCUCCACCCCCACCCCCACCUCCAUCAGCAGACCGCUCAGCCACACACUGCCACACACGGCUGACUCGGAGGAGGAGGAGACGGACCUAAACAUGGCCAUGAGUCUGGGCCUGGGCUCUCAGGACUUCCACCGCUACCAGCCUUACAUCCCAGAGGACUUUGCCAACUUUGACGUGUACAACGCCACCUUGGAUAGCCAGGAGGGGGCGUUGUGUGCACGUUCAGAGCUGAGGGGAGGCCGGGGCUUGGGAGGAGGAGGUGGUGGAAGCGGGGGAGGAGGGGACAGAGAGGUCACCCGCAGCCCCACGGCCAGCAGCUGCACCAGUGGCUACUUCUCCAACAGCGCCUCCAACGCCACGCUGUCCGACAUGCCCUUCAGUACCAGCGACAGCUCCGACCAGCUCAGCUCCACAGCCAGAGAACCUGACCGGGACCCCCAGGAUCCCCCCUCCUGCCCCCCGGGGCGAGGUGGCACCCUUACCCAAAGUGCCUCGGCAAGGGGUGAGACCCACACCCCUGUGCAGUCGCUGGCCAGCUCCUCCAUCAGUGUUCCUGCUCGGCUAGGGAAGCAGGCCUCCCCCCAGCCCAGCAGGUGUGCCCUCAGCGUCAGCCAGGAGUUCACAGACUUUAAAGGGGCCGACGACGGCAUUGGAGAUGGCGAUCUUGGACACUGGCAGCAGGAGUGGCAGCAGAAGGACUCACGCCUGCCCUCCGACCAGCCGAGGAGAGGGCAUGAGGCCCAACAAGCGACCAAGCAGCAUGCCUCGGCCAUCAUUCACACACCUCAUCUGGGACACACCCAAGCCUCUAACUGCAAUCAUCACAAUGGUAAAGAGUGUGGGAUACCUGUCCUGUCCACCGCUCCAUCCCUGGUCUUAUCCACAGACCCAGACUCAGGGUCAUGUCUAGGGCCAGUCCCAGGCUUAGCCCCAGCCUCCUCCCCUGCCCCAGCCCCUGCCUCAGCCCCAGUCCUAGCCCCUGCCCCAGUCUUAUCCCCUGCCUCAGCCCCAGCCUCAGGGCCUGCCUUAGCCCCAGGCCUCACCCCAGUCCCUGCCCCAGUCUUAUCCCUUGCCUCAUCCCCAGCCUCGGGGCCUGCCUCAGCCCCAGUCCUAGCCCCUGCCCCAGUCCGAGUCCCACCCCAAGUCCAGCGAGGAGGAGGACAACCCCCCAUCCAGGAGCCAACCCAGGGAGAUCUUCCCCAUGGCAGCCCCUGCCCCAGCCCCAACCCCAGCAGUGCUGAGCCCUCGGGGGACUCCAGCGGGGACGAGAGCACGCCCGCAGCCCAGCUGCCCGACUGGAUGGCCCCCGGGGAGCAGGUGUGGGUAGGAAAGAGGAGCGGCACGGUGCACUACGUGGGGGGAGUGGAGUUUGCCAAGGGGAUCUGGGUGGGAGUGGAGCUGGACCUGGCAGUGGGAAAGCACAAUGGAACCGUCCAAGGGAGGGUGUACUUCCGCUGUGCUCCUAGCCACGGGGUGUUUGUGAAGCCCUCUCGCCUCACCAGAGGCCCCCCCUGUAUGGACUCAGAACCUCAGACCUUGGUUCUCUAGGACCCUGGAAGACACUGCUCCAUCUGGACUACCAUCCCCAGGAUAGGGGCCAGGGUCCUGGACUACCACCCACCAGGAUAGGGGCCGGGGUCCUGGGCUGCCACCCCCUGGAAUACAGGCCAGGGUUCUGGGCUGCCACCCCCAGGAUACAGGCCAGGGUCCUGGGCUGCCACCCCCAGGAUACAGGCCAGGGUCCUGGGCUGCCACCCCCAGGAUACAGGCCAGGGUCCUGGGCUGCCACCCCCAGGAUACAGGCCAGGGUCCUGGGCUGCCACCCCCAGGAUACAGGCCAGGGUUCUGGGCUGCCACCCCCAGGAUACAGGCCAGGGUUCUGGGCUGCCACCCCCAGGAUACAGGCCAGGGUCCUGGGCUACCACCCCCCGCAGGAUACAGGCAUGGGUCUUGGGCCACUACCCUCCAGGAUAAGGGCUUGGGUCCUGGACUACAACCCUCCAAGAAAGGGGCCAGGUCAGAGACCCCGCUGACUCCUAUCUCUCUCUCACUCUUUCUCUCUCAUAAUUCAUCCCUUUCCCCGUCAAACCAAUUUUUGUGUAAAUUACUGUUUCUCUUCAGCGUGGCUGACCAGUGUAUUUUAACGUUUAUGUCUAUCAUUGUUCACCGAACGUUCACUAUGCACACAUGCACAUGCACAUGCUUUUAUUUGUUUUAUUUGAUAUUUUUUGAUAGAAAGGUAAGCCUUUGACUGAGUCAUCAGAUAAGUACCUUUAUCGACACUCUUUCUUACAUUUGUAUAAUCAAAUUUGUUCAUUAUGUGAUAUUUAUGUCAAACACCAUGCAUAUCCUCCCUAUUGGGUCAAAGUGGGAUAUAAUCUGGGAUAUUUUGAUGAAGAAUGUACUACUGUUGAUACACUAACAAAUGACAGUUUGUUAUUGAAGUCAUGAUGAUAUGUCAGGGGUAACCAAAGAACUAGGGUUUCAUAUCUGCUGAAUAUAACUCAUAUUUUGCUUGUGUGUAUUUGUGUGUACAUAUAUACUGUAUGUGUCUAGUUAAUGCGCAGUGCCACAUGACUAACACCACAAGCCCUUUUGAACAUUGGGCCACCUGCAAAUCGCAACUGCUUUGAAGCUAUGACUGCAGUCAGCUCAGCUGUCGGUUAUUGUUAAAUGAGUUUUGUUGGAGUACUGUAACACUGUGGAAUGACCAGUUAGCCCCUACUGAAGCUGGGACUAUCGCCAUUGCCGUCUGAUUGCUUGCACUGGAGUAGACCUCCCUGGGAGUUCAUCAUGUAGUCUUCCGUGUGGGACAAGCAAACGGAUCCCGUGACUGCUCCUCUGUGACCCUGCUGCUUGGUGCGUCUGGAAGGGCAGGACACUGAGGGAAAUUCCCAAAGGGACCUGAGGUCUGUCAACACUAUGAUCAGUAUGAAGCAGGCUAGGCUUUUUACUAAGACCUGGCGGCCUCCCUGAUGCCUUACUGCCCUGUCUCUGUGAAGAUGGGCAGGAAUAUCCAUGACAGACUGCUUUUCCUAAAUCCUCACAAAGGAUGUGCUGACUAGAAUAAUGUGUGUGGAUCUGAAGCCUGUGUAUGACGUGAUGCCCUUGAGGCAUUUCAAAUUGCCACCCAACCUUCUUUGAUUGAAUAGCUCUUGGUAACGCCUUUAGUAUCUUUUUCUUUUUUAAGAUAUUUUUUUGACCGCGUUUUUUAUUCUCAUUUGACUUGACAAGUAACAUUUCAAGUAUUUGUAAAGGUACUUAGUAAUGCCAAUAAAUGAACUUUUUUUUUUUUUUACUGGGAGGGGAUGAUAAAAGGAUGAUUGACAAUAUCAGGAAGAGAUGUAACAAGUGAUUUUUGUAAACUGAAUGAUCAUAUUUUAUGGAAGCAAUAGAUGUGGUGAGCUGUGGAACUGAUAUAUUGUUGUUUUAAAGUGCUGUAUUUUCAAGGAAAUGAAAGAAACCCAAGACCUUACUUUAAAGAUGACAUCAAAGCUGCUCUCCCUCACAAGGAGCUGUAAAUAGAAAUGUAUUUGAACAUAGUCUUUACAGUAUUAUAAUGUACAGAAUUGUAUUUAUAUUGUAUCUCAACAAACUGUUUUAAUUGGUACAAAGAUGUUCUAGAAUACAGAACGUUUACAAUGUA